AACGUCGACGUAACGUACACGUUGUAAAACUUUGGAAAAAUGCUUCGCUCGAAGAAAGUUCAUUACCGUGAUCCUGUGAUAUUAAUGCUGAUGUUGUGUAUGUUUGUUUGGUUCUUUACCGUCGUUCUGAUGAGAUCUUUCUUCGCGAAUUAUUCAUACAGUCAGAGUCGUAGUGGAAAUAUCCAUGAACAAUUGUCUGUGGAGAGAUUGCGAGGCGAAGAAAGUGCACAAGUACCAGCAGCAGCACCACCGGUAAAGAACAGACAAAGGCGUUAUUCUCAAACGGAAUUACACCGGUGGAGACCCGCUCGGCCCGUGAGAGAAAACAAAAAUAGUCCCGGCGAAAUGGGUAAACAGGUGCUUAUACCGCCGAAAGACGAAGGCGAAAUGAAAAAACUCUUCGAGCUCAAUAAAUUCAACCUGAUGGCGAGCGAUAUGAUCGCGCUAAAUCGUUCCUUGACAGAUGUCAGAAACGAUGCUUGCAAAUCGAAAAAAUAUCCGAAAUACCUUCCCGACACAAGCGUCGUUAUUAUUUUUUACAACGAAGCCUGGAGCACCUUGCUCAGAACCGUUUGGUCGGUCAUUAAUCGUUCACCGAGGAGUCUUCUAAAAGAAAUUAUUCUCGUUGAUGACGCGAGUGAACGAGAAUAUCUGAAAGAAAAACUGGAGAAUUACGUGAAAACUCUGCCAGUUCCGACUUUCGUACACCGUCAUCGGAAUCGUACUGGUUUGAUAAAAGCUCGUUUGUCGGGAGCCACAAGCGCAACAGGGCAGGUCUUAACGUUUCUCGAUUCUCACUGCGAGUGUUCAGAAGGAUGGCUCGAGCCACUUCUCGCGAGAAUAGCAGCGGACAGGAGGACUGUUGUUGUCCCGAUAAUCGAUGCACUAAAUUACGAAACGUUUGCGUACACGUGUAGCAGCGCAACUGGGGUAUGGGGUGGAUUUGACAUGCGACUCGCAUUCAGUUGGUUUUUCAUUCCCGAAAGAGAAAAAAAAAGAAUAAACGGCGAUUAUACAGCACCAUUUCGAACACCUACGAUGGCUGGCGGAUUGUUUUCGAUAGACAAAGAUUAUUUUUAUGAAAUAGGAUCGUAUGACGAGAAAAUGCUCAUUUGGGGUGGGGAAAAUAUCGAAAUGAGCUUCAGGAUAUGGCAGUGCGGUGGAACACUAGAAAUGCAUCCUUGUUCCCGUGUCGGUCAUGUCUUUCGUGACGCUUCCCCAUAUCCAUUUCCCGGUGGUGCGGAUAAAAUCGUUCACUACAAUACAGGCAGGACAAUUGAGGUCUGGAUCGACGAUUGGAGAGAUUUUUAUUAUACAAUGAUACCAGCUGCUCGAAAUUCUACGAUUGGAGACAUUUCCGAACGAGUGAAACUCCGAAAAAAUCUCAAGUGCAAGAGCUUCAAAUGGUACCUCGAAAAUAUCUAUCCGGAAUCUAUUAUGCCAUACGACGGUGAUUAUUUCGGUACUCUAAAGAACGCUCAUACACAAAAUUGUUUUGUUGUAUACGAUAAAAAAGAUGGUGCGAAGGUGAGCCUCCAAGAGUGCCAGGAAACUUAUUUCUUGCAGAUGUGUAUCUACCAGAAACGGAAUCAAGUAAUCAUUUGUAAUAAAUUGUGUCUGAACGUGGCGAGCCCAAAAGAGCCUGUUACAAUGAAGAAUUGUCAGGGUUCAGGAAAAGAUCAAGCAUGGAGUUACGACGGAGACACAAAAAUGAUAAGACAAAUAAUCACGGGUAACUGUUUGUCGAUACCUCGAUCCGGCGAUUUGGCACGACCGAUACUGGCCAAGUGCGAUCCUCAGGCAGUCGAGCAGAAGUGGGAAUUUCAAAAACAAUUCAAACUCUCCGACCUGAAUGAUUAAAAAUUCGAACAAUGGUGAAACUUCUAUCGUCGGAAUAAUCAAAGAAAUUGAUGAUAAGAAAAAAUGCAUUAAAAAAAUGAUUUUCAACAAAAUAUUCCGGGCUCGAAAGCAUACCUCCGAAUACGCACAAUCGAUCAGAGGAAAAAUAACGAUGCUUACCUGCUAUUGCCAUCCGAAGAUUUAAUUGAUACGAUAGAGCCAAUGCUGCUUCGAUUUCCACUGCAUUCAGCAACAACUUGAUGAAACUACAGAUCUGUGGAUAUUUCAUUUUUAUCCGCAUAGUUGGGAAAUAAACGACCAUCGUUUUUUCAUUUCAUUUUAUUAUUCCUAAAAAUAACAAUAAUAAUAAUAAUGGUAGGAUUAAUAAUAAUGAUAGUAUGGAUAUUGAACGGUUGCAGUGUAACAAGAGUAUUAAAAAUAUGUCUCUACCGUUCUUGGGAACGGAACG